GGCUCGAUGGCCCUGGCAAACGGCCAGGGGCCAGCGUGGCGGGCUCCGGGGCAGUGGCGGGAGAACAAGGUUGCAGACACGGGCAGAGGCUAGUUGGGGGAAGGCCCUCCUCUCGGGCGCGCUCAGGUGUUGGGAUUCGCCCUAUGAGGGCGUGGUCUGCUUUCGGCGCGUGAGCCUUCUCUCCUGCUGCUGUGUGGACUCCGGGCUGUCCGGGAAAGAGGAAGCAGGGACACCAGUUAGGAGACACUGCAGCCCCGAGCCUCGGACCUGGGGACACGUGAGCCCUGCGGCCACUCAGUCAUGGAGAGCAUUGGCUCAGGCCACCAGCCUGUCGGAUGAGGCCACUGCCUGGGGCUCCGUGGAUGAUUCCGAAUCAUGGAGGUGAAGAGGACGCCUCCAGCCAGGAGCCCUUGUUGACAGUCUCGGCCCAGCUCGGCCAGCUCUUCCCGCCGCGGAGUUCCAGAGGGGCGCCUGCCCCUGCCGGCCCGGAGCCUGGGAGCUGCAGCUGCCCCGGAUGGGGCGGUGGGGCCUCGACGUGGCCUUUGUGUGGAAAGCGCUCUUGACGCUGGGGCUGGUCCUCCUCUACUACUGCUUCUCCAUCGGCAUCACCUUCUACAACAAGUGGCUGACGAAGAGCUUCCACUUCCCACUCUUCAUGACAAUGCUGCACUUGGCCGUGAUCUUCCUGUUCUCCGCCCUGUCCAGGGCCCUGGUUCAGUGCUCCAGCCACAGGGCCCGCGUGGUGCUGAGCUGGACAGACUACCUCAGGAGAGUGGCUCCCACAGCACUGGCAACGGCACUUGACGUGGGCUUGUCCAACUGGAGCUUCCUCUACAUCACCGUCUCGCUGUACACCAUGACCAAGUCUUCGGCCGUCCUCUUCAUCUUGAUCUUCUCCCUGAUCUUCAAGCUGGAGGAGCUGCGUGCGGCCCUGGUCCUGGUGGUCCUCCUCAUCGCCGGGGGCCUAUUCAUGUUCACCUACAAGUCCACGCAAUUCAACGUGGAGGGCUUUGCCUUGGUGCUGGGGGCCUCAUUCAUCGGUGGCAUCCGCUGGACCCUCACCCAGAUGCUCCUGCAGAAGGCGGAACUUGGGCUCCAGAACCCCAUCGACACCAUGUUCCACCUGCAGCCACUCAUGUUUCUGGGGCUCUUCCCUCUCUUUGCCAUAUUUGAAGGUCUCCAUUUGUCCACAUCGGAGAAGAUCUUCCGUUUCCAGGACACCGGGCUGCUCCUGCGGGUUCUGGGGAGCCUCUUCCUUGGAGGGAUCCUCGCCUUUGGUCUGGGCUUCUCUGAGUUCCUCCUGGUCUCCAGAACCUCCAGCCUCACCCUCUCCAUCGCUGGCAUUUUUAAGGAAGUCUGCACUCUGCUGUUGGCAGCCCACCUACUGGGGGAUCAGAUCAGCCUCCUGAACUGGCUGGGCUUCGCACUCUGCCUCUCGGGCAUCUCCCUGCACGUGGCUCUCAAAGCCCUCCACGCCAGAGGUGACGGUGGCCCUAAACCCUUGAAGGGGCUGGGCUCCCACCCCGACCUGGAGCUGCUGCUUCGGAGCAGCCGGCAGGAGGAGGACGACAACGAGGAGGAGGGGGAGUACUUUGUGGCCCAGGGGCAGCAGUGACGAGCCAGGAGACUGGCAGGGAACCAGGCUGCUCCCAGGCCUCGCACCUCACUGCAGCCCCAGGGGGGGGGGGGGGACUCUCCCAGGCUGGGGGCUGGGCCUCGGGGAGCACGUGACCAAGCAGCGGGGCUCCCGCAGGUCGCUGGUGCAACCGAGGGGGGAGCGUCAGGCCAGAGCAGGGCCCAGAUGUGCCCUGCUGGCCAAGGGAGCCGGCUGGUCUCCGCGGCUUGCUGGGCGCUGACAGCGCAGGUGGUGAUUUCCAGGGGCAGCGGGUUUCUGAGGGGCCGGGUUUAGACUGCGGAGCAGUUGGGAAGGGGAGAGGCCAAGGCUGCAGCCUUGGCCUCUCCCCUGGGGUCUGGGGCUGUCUUUUCUCAGUACAGGUCUAUUUAUAGUUUGGAAAUAAAGGAUUUACAGUCCACUGGCCACUUGGCUGUUGCCUGGAGGAAUGGAGGGGAUGUGGACCUUGCUCUCCCCUUCUGUCCCUGCCCGGGGCUGCCUUCAGAUGACUGGUCAGACUGCAGGCAGGGAAAAAAAUAUUUACAGAGCACCGUUCUGGGGCUGUUAGGGCUUUCACAGCCUAGAUUUGAGUCCUGUCACUUACUAGCUGUGUGACCUUCAGCAGAUUGGUUAACUUCUCUGUACCCCAGUGUUUUUCUCUGUGAAAUGGGAAUAAUUUUCUCGGUUAUUCAGAAGACGAAGUCAAUAUUGAUAGUAGAUUAAAUGUUAUAUAUAAGUGUU